UUUAUUCGUCGCUAGCUCUGGCCACAACACGCGGAAAUAAUUCGAGAAACGGGUUGAAUACAGAAGAAAGAUAGAGAACCAAGCGGCUGAAAUAAUUUGAAAUCAUUUGCAAUCGAAUUAAGUCAAUGAUCGGCAACGUUUUAAGACAGGUGUGUGAAUUCCACUGAAUUGAAUGUAUAAAAUUAGAACGCGUUUAUGCGAUGACUGGUGAAUGAGUUUCGGUUAAGUAAUUGUGGUUAAUAUACAUCUAGGUGUAUAUGCACAUAUAUAUAUAAAUCUGUGGAUAAUUGCUGUUGUGCCACAUCUUUGCCUUAGUUGUUGGCUAAUUGCGCGAGUAAAAGAUACAAAACCAAACCAAAAAGCAACAGCUCCAGCUCCAGCCCCAGCAACAGCAGCAGCUACAACAACAACAUCAAAGCAGCGUUCACAUUUCGCAUGCGCAAAGUUUGUCUAGUUUUUGUAUGUGUAUAAGUGUAUCUCGCUAAGUGUGUGUGUGUGAGUGUCUCAAUCUUUGCUCAAUCGCAAUCUUUGGGCACUGCCAAAACAGGUUAACUAAAAGCAAACGUGUUCUUUACGUUUGUUGACUUUGCAAACGCAAAAACACGCCAAAGUUACUCAGCAGCAGCAGCAGCAACAACAACAAAAAAUACAUAUAUAUUUUGUUUACAUUUUGUAUGUGGAAGUGUGCAAAACUUUAACCGCAACAGCAACGGCAACAGCAACAGCGAGAAUAGCAAACUUAGCAGCUGCAACUUAAAGAACUGCAAACUCAGCCAAAUAACAUGGACGUUGAAGCCGAUGGAGUGCCACCAGCGGCGCCAGCUGCAGCUGCAACAACAGCCAACAGCGAUCUAGACUUGGCCGCUCGUCGACGACUCUUCAUCUCACAGCCAUCGACGCUGGCAUCGCGUCGCCAACAGGCGGUCUGUGUGCGGCGCGCCCAUAAGAUGUACGGCGGCGGCAAGAAUCCAAAUAUCGUGCUCGAUGGCCUCAAUAUGACAGUGCCCAAGGGUUCCAUUUACGGUCUCCUUGGUGCCUCGGGCUGUGGCAAGACAACGCUGCUCAGCUGCAUCGUUGGACGACGGCGUCUCAAUUCGGGCGAAAUUUGGGUGCUUGGCGGACGGCCGGGGUCACGUGGUUCCGGUGUGCCAGGUCCGCGAAUUGGCUACAUGCCACAGGAGAUAGCACUUUAUGGCGAGUUCACAAUGCGCGAAACUUUAAUCUACUUUGGCCUGAUUGCUGCAAUGUCACGCGGCGACAUCGAGGAUCGCACCGAAUUCCUGCUCAAAUUGCUCAAUUUGCCAAAUGGCUCGAAGUUCGUCAAGAAUUUGAGCGGCGGCCAACAGCGCAGAAUGAGCCUGGCCGUGGCACUGCUACACGAGCCCGAGCUUCUCAUAUUGGAUGAGCCGACGGUGGGCGUGGAUCCGGUGCUGCGACAGAGCAUUUGGGAUCAUCUGGUGGAAAUCACGAAAAAUGGUCACACAACUGUGAUAAUCACAACGCAUUACAUCGAUGAAUGUGCCCAGGCGCAUAUGAUUGGAUUGCUGCGUGGCGGCAAAAUGCUUGCCGAGGAGUCACCCGAGUAUCUGCGACAACAGUACAACGCCGAUUCGCUGGAGGAUGUGUUCUUGAAGCUCUCAGUCAUGCAGAAUAUGGGCAAACGUCGACGCUCAUCGAUUGCCCAGGAGAUUGUCGAACAGGUCACAGUUCCGGCCAUUUCGAAUCCGGCCCUGGACAUGUCUGACGAGCAGCAUGCGGCCGAAAUCUCCGGCGAGUUCGGUGAUAAUAUAUCGAUGUCAUCGGCAGCCCGGGAUCCGAUAACCACGACAGCACCAGCGGCACCACCGUUGCCACCGAUACAGGAGAUACCCACAUCCUUUUGGUAUAAUCUGCAUGUGAUGCAGUCGCAUCAUUUGCAUGCGCUCAUCUGGAAAAACUUUCUCUGGAUGAUGCGAAAUGUGGGUGUAAUGCUGUUCAUUGUGGGUCUGCCCGUGGUGCAAAUAUUACUGUUCUGUUAUGCGAUUGGACAUGAUCCGACUGGCCUCAAAUUGGCCGUGGCGAAUCACGAGAUGUCCGAGGAAAUGAUUAUGCAACAAUUCUGUCCAGUGAACGCCGGAUGCAAUCAGACCAUGCUCAGCUGCCGUUAUCUCGAUAUGCUGGUCAAGAACAAGAGCAUGGUUGUGAACUAUGUUAAUGAUGAUGAAGAAGCCUAUGAGGAGGUGCGUCGUGGCCGUGCUUGGGCUGCUCUUGUCAUCCAGUCAAAUUAUACAGACUCGCUGGUCCAACGUGUUGAGGAUGGUCGCUAUGCGGAUGAUGCUACUGUCGAAGCAUCAGACUUGGAUGUGCGCAUGGACUGGUCCAAUCAACAAAUAUCAACGCUACUCUAUCGUGAUCUGCAGUACACGUUCUUAACUUUUGUGGAGAAUAUGCUUUCGGAAUGCGAUGUGAAUCCGCGACUUGGCCGCAUUCCCGUUGAGCAAGAGCAACCCAUCUAUGGCUAUCGCAAUCCCAACUUUACUGACUUCGCAGCACCCGGCGUCAUUCUCACAAUCAUUUUCUUCCUUUCGGUGGCCAUUACUUCGGGUGCCAUGUUGAUUGAAAGGAACGAGGGCAUGUUGGAGCGUUGUCUGGUUGCUGGCAUCACGGGACCAGAGAUACUGCUCUCACAGGUGGUCACACAGUUCACGGUGAUGCUGAGCCAAACGGUGUUUGUGCUGAUUGUUAGCUUCUAUUUCUUUGAGCUAACGUUGGUGGGUGACAUUUGGCUAGUCGUUGCACUGUGCAUACUCAAUGGUCUGUGCGGCAUGAGCUUCGGCUUUGUCAUCUCAUGUGCCGUGGAUACAGAGCGAACGGCAACUUAUGUGGCCAUGGGCUCGUUCCUGCCCAUUGUGAUGCUGUGCGGCAUCAUUUGGCCCAUCGAGGGCAUGUAUCCGCUGCUGCAGUUUGUCACCGCCUUCCUGCCAUUGACCAAGCCAACGGAAUCGAUGCGUUCCAUACUGCAACGCGGCUGGGGCAUGGACAAUCCCACAGUGUACAAUGGAUUCAUAUCGAUAUCAUCGUGGGUGCUUGUCUUUCUGGUACUCACCAUUCUGCUGCUGAAAUUCAAGAAGGGCUAGACUAUGUUUAACUCUAUACUGUUAAUAUGAGUACCUAUGAUUUUACUAGGUUUUAAGGGUAGUCCUUAGGUCCUUGCUUAAGUCUAGCUAGCGAGUGUAUGUCUCUGUAGAUUGUGUGUUAGUCCAUGCAAUGCAUAAAAUAUUAUCUUAAGGUUCCGGAUGCCACAUUCAUUCCAUGGAAAUGUUGUGCCUUUUUAUGCUUAAGUUUUCAUAUCAUACACAUUAUAAACACUGGUCCACAUAAUUAUACACAUACACGCAUGUACAAGUAUUUUGUGAAUAAUACAAAUAAAACGCAACAAUAAGUAUAACUAUGUAAUGAAUAAAUCUACAAAUUUCAACAAACUUUAA